AUGCCUUGUAUAUAUAUUUGUGGUGAAUGUGGUGCUGAAAACGAAAUCAAACCAAAGGAACCAAUCAAGUGUAAAGAUUGUACCUAUCGUAUCAUGUACAAGAAGAGAACCGAUAGAAUGAUUCAAUUCGAAGCUAGAUAA